AUGUCGUUCCUCGGCGUUUCGUCGCGGCUUGCAAAGCCUAUAAUACAAUCCCCAUAUGACAACACGCAAGGUGAUGAGGGGAAAAUCGAGUUGAAGACAAAAUCUGAACACCAAGACGGUGUUUAUGCUCUUUAUUGUGCAACGGGGGGUUUUUGUACCGGUAAAGUUCCUGACUCUGCACUAGUGCUGCUAUUCAGCAGUCGGCUGGUUGUUGAAAAGGGCACGCGCAGCGAUGGGCGGAUGAGAGUGACAUCCGGAGAGCUGUCAUUCCUACAAGGCAUCGAAGUACAUAUACAUGGUACAUUCGUGAAUCCAACGCCACCGCCAGGGUUUUCCCAUACGAAAAUGAGCGAGGCACGAAAUUUCCAUGUGGUUGUUUUAUGCAAAGAUGGCGAUGAGACUUGA